CCCAUUAUAAAUAUCUAGGUUAUUCCAUUUGCUUAACAUAUUGAGUUUCAUAAAUUGGUCAUUGAAGAUAUAGCCAUUUUUCUUUGUUAGAGAAAUUGAAAAUGAUGUCAAUUGUAGCUCGCAGAGCCUUUAAGCAGACACUAGCCAGAGCAACUCGGGAGAUAGAUGCUUCACCUUCACUUCUUCAAGGAGCAAAUUGUAAAAUGAUGUCAAGUAUAGCAGCAUUAGGCUCCAAUUUCUCCCAAGCUCAAGAAAGAGCAGCUAAAUUGACAAAAGAUGGUCAAGAUAGUGCCAUCCAUGCAGCACUUACAUAUCUUAAAGAAAAAGCAAAGCUUAAGGGUGAAACUGCGGGUUCUCUUUAUGGCGGUGCUAUAGCAACUUCAACUCUUCUUGGAGUGCCUUUGGGACACAAUGGGUCAUAUCAUGAAGGCGCCACAUUUGCUCCUCCUCUCGUUAGGGCGGCCAUUUGGGAUGACAGCACAAACUCAACAACUGAAGAAGGCAAGAAUUUAAUUGACCCGCGCGUGUUUGCUGAUGUUGGUGAUAUUCCUAUCCAAGAUAUACGAAAUUUAGGAGUCAGUGAAGAGAGAAUAAUGAAUUUUAUUAGCGACUCUGUCAAGAUAGUGAUGGAUCAUGCUCCAUUGCGUCCCUUAAUUGUGGGAGGUGAUCACUCAAUAUCAUAUCCUGUUGUUAGAGCUGUCUCGGAGAAACUUGGAGGACCAGUUGAUAUUCUUCAUUUUGAUGCACAUCCAGAUCUCUAUGAAAACUUUGAUGAUAAUUAUUAUUCACAUGCUUCACCCUUUGCUCGAAUCAUGGAGGGUAAAUAUGCGAAACGACUAGUGCAGGUUGGUGUACGAUCAAUAAAUGUUGAAGGAAGACAACAAGGCGAAAAAUAUGGAGUAGAAAUACAUGAAAUGAGAAAUUUUGCAAAAGAUCGCGACUAUUUAGAGAAUUUGACACUUGGUACGGGUGAAGGUGUAAAAGGUGUAUAUGUAUCAAUAGAUGUUGAUUCUCUUGAUCCAGGCUUUGCUCCAGGUGUGUCUCAUAUUGAAUCUGGAGGUCUUUCUUUCAGAGAUAUUCUAAACAUUCUUCACAAUCUCAAAGGUAAUAUUGUUGGUGGAGAUGUUGUUGAGUACAAUCCACAACGUGAUGUUUCUAAUAAGAUGACUGCACUUGUUACUGCUAAGUUGGUCCGAGAAUUGGCUGCAAAGAUGUCCAAGUGAGGAAUCAAGUGAUUCUUCUGCUACUUGCUGUUGGGAUUUAUGUUUUACUAAGUUUUAUUUAAAGCAUUAAUAAAAGAGAAAGUGUGUACAUGUGAUUUAGGCUUUAACUAGUUUAAGUCAAUGCACAUUAAUGUUUGUGCCUUUGGUUUUAAUUUGCUUGUUAUGAGUUUAUGGCUAAAU